UGUCGGAAGACAUGCCCUCGUCAUGGCGAUACCUAAACUCGGCCAGCUCGCGUUUAUCAAGCCUCAAAGGUUAUAUCCGUGACUCAGGAGCAAGUUGGAAGGCCGGAAGGUCGACACCCGAUGGUCAUGGCGAACACCGGCAAAGUUGGCGCGUCUGGGCAGGCCAGAAGAUUAGAGUGCGGAGGCGGGGUACAUACGACCCAAACGGCGCGAAUGAGAUCGUUAAUUUAUUCCCUGGAUGGGCUGCACGAAGGUACCUGCAAGGAGGAGGGAAACAUGAAGGGCCUACCCCAUUUGAAGUAGAGGUCUUUGUCUCUGGGUAUGCAAUUAGCUAUCGGCCCCCCGAGAAUGCAAGUCGUUCACAAAGAGCGUUUAUUCGGCUGGCGAAAGGCUUCGCAUCGUUGCCAAAACUAGUCGAGAAUGCAGGGGAUUUGAGACCUAAUGCUCCAUCUCUUGCCCACUUGACUCCAUCGACGGAAGAGCUCCUUGCUCGUGUCAAACUGCCACCCCGCCCAACGGAAAUCACGGAUGAUUUCGAUGUGGAUGCAUUGGAGCGUCGAUUGAAGGACGCCAAAGACAACGAUUCUGAUGCAUCGUCAAUAUCCUCCUCGCGGUCCUCGACAUAUGAAUUCGAUCCCUCAAGCAGCUCCAAGGCUGAGGGUAAACGGCCGCAUAUAAUCGAGCAGAACAGCACUGUCGACAUACUCCGGGGGCUACACGCCAAUCUGGAGAAGCGGCUGCAGCCAUUCUGGUCCUCUGUGAUACCAAACCGUGUUGUUCGUCUUCAUCUUUUCGCGUCUCCCCACCAAGAAGAACCCACUUUGGACUCAGAGAACGGGCCUCUCGCAUCGGAGGACGUGUAUACUGCAGCAGACGGGAGUUUCCAAGCAAGAUUCCUCGUUAAGUGGGAGGAUCUAUGUCAGCACCCUCGAGCUCUGCAUAUUGCAUUUGGCGAGGCUGUAGAAGAGCACGAGCUUCUGGUUGUCGCACAGUUAUUACCUCUUCCAUCCACACCUAGCUCAGCCUCAAGUUCGAACGCAUACACUCAUACUCGGAAUUAUUCCAUGCCCGAUCCGCCCUCCCACUCGAUACAAUCUUCAGCAGCAGCUCAACCAUCCACACCCCUUGCCUCCUUGGCACGAAUCCCGAUUACCCACUCGCCGAUCCGUGUCAUUUCGGAUAUCGACGAUACCGUUAAGCUUUCGGGUGUGCUUUCUGGAGCACGUGCAGUCUUCCACAACGUCUUUGUCAAGGAUUUAAGGGAUAACGUGAUACCUGGGAUGGGCGAGUGGUAUGCAGGGAUGUGGAGCCGAGGUAUCCGCUUUCACUAUGUGUCGAAUGGGCCAUUUGAGAUAUUGCCGGUUUUAAAUGAGUUUUUCCAGAUAUCUCAGCUUCCGCCUGGAUCAAUCAAACUUCGUUCAUAUGCUGGUCGCUCAUUGUUCAACGGUCUUAUGUCUGCCCCAGCAGCUCGAAAACGCGCCGGGGUCGUCGAUGUGUUAGAUUCAUUUCCUGAUUCGCAAUUUUUCCUCAUCGGAGACACGGGUGAACAGGAUUUAGAACUCUACGCUGAGCUAGCACGCGAACGACCCACACAAAUCCUAGGUGUCUUCCUACGUGACGCCGACGCCUCAACAUUUGAAGGGCCCCUCCCUCUCGAUGACCCUACUGGCUGGAAUGCAAUGGGUGCAGCAGGCACUCGUCCGAACGAACGGCCUCUUGUCUCGAGGACCGAAAGUGGUGCAUCGGAGGCCCCGACAAAUACCACCUCGUACUGGAAAUACUUCGGUUAUGGCGACAAGAAGACCAAGACCCCCGGCGAGAGCGGGGCUGAGGCAGGUCUGAUUGAGGACGAGCACGAGACGCCUAAGCCGAAUCAGCAUGCAGUGGAUGGUGCCCAAAAUGGGAGUUCAUUGGACGAUGAAGCACUGGCCAGGGCAAUAGCAAACGGAGAACCGCAGACAUAUUUCACCAGUGGCCCUCUGAACGACGAGCCACAACCCGUUCCAUCUCGUCGAACAAUCAAUGUAUCAGCUGCGCCAACUCCACCCUCCGCUCCCCUGCUGGAGGCUUCAACGUCCAACACAAGCACCAUCAACGAUAGACCUGGACAAUCAAGUCCGGGCAUAUUGUUCAUCACAGAACCACCUAAACCCACCACGCCACCGAGCAUCCAGACUUCAUCUCAUGCCCACUCCAACAGGCAACACAAAUUCGGCACCGACCCUUCUUCCGCAUCAAUCCGGUCCCAGCAAACCGGCUCUUCCACUUCCUCGUCAGUGUCAUCGAGCAACAGAAGGGCUUUGUCGGAGGCAGAGAGGAAGAGGCAGGAACUCCAGAUGCGGGUGUACAGAGCGCGGACGCAGAUGCCCAGUCAUGUGCCACUGAGAGUGUUUAGAGACCCUCAGGAAUGUGUGGAGGUCCAGGAGAUCCUCGACAGGGAAGGUUGGGAAGGGCAGGGCGAGCAUCCUGCUACUAAUACGGAUAAGCAGUAGC